CUUUAGAUAAUAUAUUUAAUGAAAUUAGACUUAAUACAAUAAAAGAUGGAGAAGUGCUGAUAAGAAGGUGUGAGAAGAUGGUAGCCACCUCUUCCACUAAAAAUGUAUGGUCACAUGAGGUGGAUGGUGAUGAUGAUGGGAAAAGCUUGAUGGGUUCUAGUGGUGGGAUAAGCGUUAUGGAGAAAGCGGCGGAGAGCGUUGGCGGCGGAGAUCGGAAGCAACCGCCGCCGCCGCCGAAGCAGGCUCUGAAGUGCCCGCGCUGUGACUCGUCCAACACCAAGUUUUGCUACUACAACAACUACAGCCUGUCCCAGCCGAGACACUUCUGCAAGGCGUGCAAGAGGUACUGGACAAGAGGGGGCACUCUGAGGAAUGUUCCCGUGGGCGGAGGGUGCAGGAAGAACAAGAGGGUCAGGCGUCACCCGCCGCCGCCGGUGCUGUCAUCGUCGGUUGCCGCCAACGAUCAGCCAGCGGCGGCGGGGACGGUGCCUCUCUCCCUCCACCACCAGCACCAACCCCAGGUUGCUGAUCACCUGGUCAACCCUUUUCUCUAUCGCUACCCGGGGAACGAACCGGGUUUCGAUUCCGGGUUCGAGCACCAUCAGCAUAAUCAAAUGGGAUUAGGGUUUUCGUUUUCCGGGCUUCUCGGGAGCGUUGAGAAUAACCCGGGGUUUGUGAAUCAUCCGUCGCCGUACCUUGCGUUUGGAUCGCCGUCUUCUUGUUCGUCUUCGGCGUCGAGCUUGGCUUCUUUGAUAGCUUCAAGGCUCCAUUAUCAAGGUGUGUCUUCUAACAAUGGUGGUGGGUUUCAUGGAGGACCCUAUAUAGAGAAUUUUGGGAGUGGGGAAAACCUGAAAGAAGAAGUGAAGAGGGAAGUGGAGAACAACAAUGGUGGUGUUUCCAACAAUACCCAUUUUCAAAUGGGAAACUUUAACACUUCUGAUAAAAACGACGACGACAACGACAACAACAACAACGGCAACAACAACAAUCCUUCUUCACUUUCUUGGACUUGCGCGUUUUCAGAUCCCAUCAGCACUCCCUGUGUUUGCUGAUGGAAGCUAACAUCUCAUAAUUGGUGAUUUCCGCUGCACCCCACGAACUUACCAGAGGGACACGCUAGGAAUUUGGAUGUUCCCAAGUACCCAAACCGGGAUGUUUUGGGAGCAAUACAAAACUUCAACAAGCUUAUAAGGUAGUUUUUUCAUACACACACAGACACAAAAUGGAGUAGAUGAAGGGAGGAGAUUGGAUCUGAGCGAUCAUGUCGGCUGCAAGACUCGAUCGAUUGACGAUGGAUAUCGGAUAUUUAUUCAAUUCACGAGACUGUUAUUUUUUGCUAACAGAGAGAGAUUGAAUAGUCGUAAGGGCGUUACGUUCUUGAGUCGCGUUGCGCCGAGAGGAACCUCAGAUCCUUUUGUUCAUCUACGUACCCGGAAACAUCGCCAGAGCAUCAAGAAUGUGUGCAGGCAUGUUCAAAUAUAUAUAUGUAUGUUCAUCAUUGAUUUCGCUUGUUAUAUGUAUAUAUGUCGUAUAACAUUAUUUCCAUCUACUCUAGGUUCUAUAUAUCUGCAUUAACUUUGGUUCCCAUUUUCAUUCACGGUUUUUGUUUUAGUUUAGGGGGGAAGGGGUUUGGUAUAUGGUAUAGCAGAGAAGGGAUUA